ACUUCGGAGCAAACUCAAGGAUCAGAAGGCAAGAAAUCUUGCCUUUUGCUUUGCCUUCCCACUUUCUGUUGUAUCAGUGUGUAUCAACUCUGAGCUCCAACCAUAUAUAAUUGCCUCCCCUCAAUGUGACUCAUCAAAUAUCCAAAUUAAACUAAGCCUUCAUUUGCUGAUGAUUCAAUUUUUCAGUGCUUAAACUGGUGCUGCAAGGAAGAAAUGUCUUCAAGUCCUCACCCAUGUGGAGUUCUGCUCUUCUUUUUAGUUGUGUUGUGUGCCUCGUUUAAUAGCUCUGCAACUGGAAUUGAGGCAAACCAGUCAGCAUGGCUGUCUGUGGAUGGUUCUCAAGCAUCAGCAAGAAAGAUUCCUGAAACCAUGUUUGGAAUAUCAUUCGAGGAAAUCAACCAUGCUGGGGCUGGUGGAUUGUGGGCAGAGCUAGUCAGUAACCGAGGUUUUGAAGCUGGGGGAGAGAGCAUCCCAUCAAACAUAUAUCCUUGGUCUAUUCUGGGUGAUGAAUCAUUGUUAAUUGUAUCGACGGACCGUUCUUCAUGCUUUGAACGAAAUAAAGUUGCACUCAGGAUGGAGGUCCUUUGUGACAAUGAAGGACCCAUCAUUUGUCCCGCUGAAGGAGUUGGAAUAUAUAAUCCUGGGUACUGGGGCAUGAACAUUGAACAACAGAAGACAUAUAGGGUUCUCAUGUACGUCCGCUCAUCAGAAUCAAUUAACAUAACUGUCUCAUUCACUGGUUCGAAUGGUGCGAGGACACUGGCUACUUCUAACAUUGUUUCUUCUGAUGUUUCAAAUUGGACAAUGAUUGAGGUUUUGUUGGAGGCAACAGGGAGUGAUCCCAAUUCGAGGCUGCAACUGAUGACAACUAGAAAAGGUGUCAUAUGGUUUGAUCAAGUCUCAGCCAUGCCUUUGGACACAUUCAAGGGACAUGGUUUUCGACAGGAUCUCUUUCAAAUGCUUGCAGAUUUGAGACCCAGGUUUAUCAGAUUUCCUGGUGGUUCUUAUGUCGAAGGUGAAUGGUUAAGAAAUUCAUUUCAGUGGAAAGUAACCGUUGGACCAUGGGAAGAAAGGCCAGGACAUUUUAAUGAUGUUUGGCAAUACUGGACUGAUGAUGGACUUGGUCUGUUUGAGUUUCUCCAGCUCGCUGAAGAUUUGGGCUCGUUACCGAUAUGGGUUUUCAAUACUGGAAUCAGCCUUAAUGAUCAAAUUGAUACCCAGAGAAUCUUACCUUUUGUGCAGGAAAUUCUGGAUGGUAUUGAGUUUGCCAGAGGAGAUCCUAAUUCAACAUGGGGAUAUGUCCGAGCAGCAAUGGGCCAUCCAGAACCCUUCGAUCUGAGACAUGUUGCAAUUGGGAAUCAGGAUUGUGGAAAGACAAAUUAUCAUGGCAACUAUCUCAAGUUCUAUUCAGCAAUAAAGAAUGCAUAUCCAGAUAUCAAUGUUAUCUCCAACUGUGAUGCGUCUUCCACACCAUUGGAUCACCCAGCAGAUUUUUACGACUUCCACGUCUAUGGUGAUGCUAAUUAUGUCUUUGCAUCGGCUCGUAACUUUGACCGUACAGCACGUCUCGGACCUAAGGCUUUUGUCAGCGAAUACGCUGUGACUGGAAAAGAUGCAGGUAAUGGAAAUCUUUUAGCUGCACUUGCUCAGGCUGGAUUGCUUGUUGGCCUUGAAAGAAACAGUGAUGCGGUUGAGAUGGCGAGCAAUGCCCCUCUAUUUGUGAAUGCCAAUGACAGGCGGUUCAAUCCCGAUGCUAUUGUAUUCGAUUCUUCAAAGGUCUAUGGAACACCUAGUUACUGGAUGCAGACCUUUUUCAAAGAAUCAAAUGGUGCAAUGCUUCUUAAUUCCACUCUUGGUGCCAAGACCUCAGCUUCACUUACUGCAUCUGCUAUACUCUGGAAAUCCUCAGAUGAUGGUAGACAAUAUUUGAGAAUCAAGGUUGUGAACUUUGGCAGCAGUACGGUGAAUCUUAAGAUAACCAUUGACAAUUUGGACUCAAACUUAAUACAAGCAAUUGGUUCCACACAAACUAUAUUGAAAUCUAGCAGUUUGAUGGAUGAGAAUUCUUUCCAAGAACCACAUAAGGUGACACCAGUCCAAAGCCCCCUGAAAGCUGCUGGGAAGUCCAUGACCGUCUUACUUUAUCCACAUACUUUUACUUCCUUUGAUUUGUUGACAUUGUUGACAAUGUCACAGGCCAUUUAGGUCCAAGAACAUGCAUCUUUCCCUCCCUAAUAACUUGUACUUGUACUAAUGGCUCUGAAAUAUUGAGCAUUCAUGUUCAAAGUUGUUCUUUUGUUUACCA